CAUCCUCAUUCCUCACCAAGUCAUCAAUAUUCACCACAUCUUUCACUCUUAAGAGCUUGCUUCUUGUUAUCUUAGUUAUUAGCCCAAUCCAAAAUGGCAACAAAAUUUGUCAUAUUGUCCUUAAUGUUCCUCCUAGCUCUAGCCACAUCCACUGAAGCCUCAAAGUACCAGUUCCAAAACCCCAAAGAAACCAACAUGAUGUUCUACAUGCAAGACUGGGAGACUGGCGCCAAUGCCACCGCCAUCCCAGUCGCUGGCAUCCCUCACAAGCGGUGGUCGAUUCUUGGGUUUGGAACAAUCUUUGCCACCGACGACAAGUUGACAGUGGCUAUUGAAAGGAACUCAUCCGAGGUCGGGAGGGCUCAUGGCAUUUACGUGAACUCGGCAUUGGACGGCUCUGACUUGCACCUUUUGAUGUCCCUUGUGUUCACCAACAAGGAGUACAAUGGUAGCACUCUUGAAAUACAAGGGGCAGACAGGUUUUACCAAAAGUAUAGGGAGGUAUCUGUGGUCUCAGGAACUGGAAUAUUCAGGUUGGCUCGUGGUUUUGCUACUCUAGAGACUGUUUACAUAGACAUACCCAAUUCUAAUGCAAUCAUCAGGUGGAAUGUCACAGUUUUCCACUACUAAGUUGUUGGAAACUUAGUAUGUAAUAGGCGUAAAAAAAAACUGUCAAUUAGAUUUUGUUUCCAUUUAAACAAAGGUAUAGAAAGUAUAAAAAAAGGUUUCUGAUACGUGGUGGUAUAAUAAGUGAACACCCACAGUUGUCCUUUUUCUUGUUUACCAUAUAAUAAAAUGAGUGUAAUAUUUUGUUUUAACAGAGUACUCUUGAUGUAUAAGGAAUAAAUUUUGAUUAUUGUUAA